UCACACGCACAUGUAUAUAAUUUCACGAACGGGAAACUCCGCGUGGAAACCGUUCUCACGUUGCUUUUCGAGAAAUAUUAUCGAAAUAAUAUUUCAUAGCAAAGUUAUAGAAUAUUACUCUCUAGGAAAAUAAUAUAGUCCUAAAGUGUCGAAAAUAUACAACUGUUUACAUGGAUACGUUACAGUUAAGAAAUUUGAAAGACUUUCUUGUCCUCUACAAUCAAAUAUCCGAGACGUGUUUCAAAAAAUGUGCAAAUACUUUCCUCAGUCGAGAAAUCACCUCUGAUGAAGAUCUUUGCAUAAAUAAUUGUGCGCAGAAAUACAUUCACGCAAAUCAUAAAAUAAUGGAGAUAUUUGUGGAGGUACAGCCUAUAAUGGUACGUAGAAGAAUGGAAGAAGUAAACUCGACUCAAGCAGCAUUAGAAGCACAAAAUCAGCAAGUGGAACAAAAUCCACAAUGAUGCUGGUAUCAAUUAUUUGUGAUAUAUUUAACAGUCUUCAAGUAUGUUUCAGUUAGCUUCAUAAUAGAUUAUAAAGUUUUAUCGAGUACAUAUAAA